AUGGCCGUCGCAACAGCACAAGCACUGGCGGUGCCGUGCCGACAUUCAAAGUCCGCCCCUUUCUCCCUUCGAACGCGCUUCAAGACCUUCACCAACACAGCAGAAGUCCUGAUCGGCCCUUCUAAGACCCGCUUCCUGGUCCAUCGCGAACUCCUUACCUUCCACUCUCCAUUCUUCGCCGCGGCGCUCAAUGGCACAUUCGCCGAAGGCCUGUCUCAGUCUGUCACGCUACCCGAAGAGCGCGUCGACACGUUCGAACUCUUCGUCUUCUGGCUGUACACGCAGAACCUCGACGAGGUUUUCAUCAAAGAUGGCAAGCCAACCUACUUCCUCCUGCUGGAUCUCUACUCAACCGCCGACCGGCUGAGCGUCGAAAAGCUGCGCAACCAAGUCGUCGACAAGGUCGCCGAGCUUGCCGAGGAGAAAAACAGCGUCCCCACGCCGAGCGACACAUACAUCCUGUACGAAAGCAUCCGGGACAACGCGCCCAUGCGCCAGCUCAUCCUCGACCUCUUCGCCUUUAAGAAGACAGACAACCUCCUCGAAAACCACCCCGAUGACUGGCAUCCGCGCCUCCUGCGCGAUCUGAUCGUGAAGCUGAAGCGCAAAGACGUGUCGGCGAUGUGGCGCCACGACAUCGCGCCGUGGAAGCCGGGCUCGUGGACGACGACAAAGGCGUGCGAUAACUGCGCCGUGGUGCUGAAGCCGGAGCUGAGCGCGAAUCUGUGCAAGUGCUGCAAAAAGGCUUUCUGCAGGGCGUGCAUGGGGAAUGGGCGUGCGGGGUACAGCGCUGAGUGGGCGGCGGAUAGUGCGUGUAAGCCGUGGAAGAGGGAUAUGUGCCGGUAUCAUGAGCAUGUAGAGACGCUGCCUUGCAGGGAGGAGACCACUGCCGUAAGGUAUAGACGAUCCACUUAG